AUGAGACAUGUCAUCAUUCAGUGUUUACUCUGUGGAUCUUUGACCUUUGGGAUCUGGACAGCUCUGUCAUUUAUUUAUUUAUGCCACAAUUAUGUGAGCGACUGGCCAAAGGAAACCCAAGAGGCUACAUCGGUUUGGUUCCUUGAUAAAAAAUUGCAACAGAUAAUUCUCCACGGCUCAGGAACAAGACCAAAACCACGUGUAAGAGUUAAAAGGCCUAACAGAGAUGAAACCAAAGAACGGGGGACAUUUUUAAAAUUAGCUAAGAAGUUUAACUAUACGGACCCAAACCUUGUUCAUGGAUUUUUUGAAUAUGGAUUUAAUGCUGUUGUCAGUACAAGCCUGGGCAGAGAGAGACUCGUGCCCGAUACCAGGGAUAAAAUGUGUCGUAGGAAACAUUACCCGGUCAGUCUACCUACGGCCAGUAUCGUCAUUUGUUUCCACAAUGAAGAGUUUAAUGCCUUGUUUCGGACAGUGUCCAGUGUCAUAAACCUCACUCCGCACCAUGUCCUUGAAGAAAUUAUUCUGGUAGAUGACAUGAGCGAAUUCGAUGAUUUGAAAGAAAAACUAGACCAUCACCUGGAAAUGUUUCGGGGAAAGAUCAAAUUAAUAAGGAACCAAAAGAGAGAGGGGCUGAUUCGGGCGCGGCUGAUCGGAGCGUCUCGUGCUUCAGGGGACGUUCUGGUGUUCCUGGAUAGCCACUGCGAGGUGAACCGUGUGUGGCUGGAGCCCUUGCUGUAUGCCAUCUCCAAGGACCGCAAAAUGGUGGUGUGCCCUGUGAUAGAUGUCAUUGACUCCACGACCCUGGAAUACAGGCCCUCGCCUCUAGUGAGAGGAGCUUUCGACUGGUAUCUGCAGUUUAAAUGGGACAAUGUUUUCUCUUAUGAGCUGGAUGGACCAGAAGGACUGACUAGACCCAUCCGGUCUCCUGCAAUGGCUGGAGGAAUUUUUGCUAUAAGAAGGCAUUAUUUUAAUGAGAUUGGACAGUACGACAAGGGCAUGGACCUCUGGGGAGGGGAAAAUUUGGAACUUUCGCUAAGGAUCUGGAUGUGCGGGGGCCAAAUCUUUAUACUGCCCUGCUCUCGAGUAGGACACAUCACUAAGCAGCAAUUCUCACAUUCAUCCGGAGUUAUCAGAGCCAUGACAUAUAACAGUCUCAGACUGGCGCACGUUUGGCUGGAUGAGUACAAGGAGCAGGUGUUUUUACGAAGACCUGGUCUGAGGUUCAUUCCCUACGGAAACAUUAGCGAACGUGUCGAGUUAAGGAAACGGUUGGGUUGCAAGUCCUUUCAGUGGUAUUUGGACACUAUCUUCCCAGAAUUGGAGCCAUCUGAGCCGCUGAUAAAAGGAAAACGAAUCAUCCCCAUUAAUAAAGGGUUAAAAAGUCCCCCAGCCCUUCGACCCACAGGCGAGGCUGGGUCUGCAACAGCGUGA